AGACAAAGAGUGAAGUUAGCCAGCUCCGCCGGUGGUUGAGUGACGUUAUACAGUAGACGUUAGAACGACUAACCGUUAUUUAGCUAGCUAGUUAGCUAGGCUAGGUUAGCUUCAAGUUAGUAGUAUGCUGGGCUCACUGCAGCGGGAUGACCAAGGUGUUCAAAUGUCUUACUGGGUUUGCUGCAACUCCUGCUUCCUUUCCGCCAGUGCUGACAGAAAACUGGGUGUUACGACCUGUGGACAUGUCGUCUGUAGCGUCUGUUAUCAGAAAGGAAGCCAAGGCAAGUGUUUAAUAUGCAGCUCCAGCUGCCAGGUGUCGCCUCUCUCUGACAAAAGCAGCUGGGAGGUGAAGACGCUGUUCUCCGACAUCGACGCUGUGGCAACGACACACUUCACAGAAAUCGGCAAAGUCAUAAUGUUCCAGGAAAGACAUCAGAAGAGGCUGCUGACUCACUACCAGCAGAGGAAUGAGAAACUAGAGGAGAUGUUAGUCAGGAUGAAGCAAGAAAUGCAGCAUGUGACAAAGAAGCUGAACGAGCAGAGCGCCUACAUCGCUACGCUGGAAAACUCUCUUCAGCAUCAGAGUGCCAAAGUUUCCUCAGCGCCUCAGAUGAGCCACAGUUCCCUCAUCGGACACGGACAGAAGUCAGUGCUACAGAUCCCAUACAACUCCCCCGUGACCCUCUCCAGACACCCCUCAUCAGCUAGCAUCAGUGAGAACAUGGAGCUGGACAACAGGAGUCUGUUCAGGAAGCCGAACACUCUCCCCAGACUGUCGUUAAUCAGCCCUCCACAGGACGGACGGAUGGGUACCGUCUCUCACAGAUCGUCUGGUCAGAACACGUUGACCAACCACUCGACUCGCUCAGCAACAGUCAGUCGAUCACCACUGACUCCAGAUAUCUCGUACGGCCGGAGCUCUGCGUGGAACUCUCCCAUCUUCAGACCUCCCUCCUCCUUCAGACACUCCAUGUCCUCCCUGGUCUGCCCUCCUCCAUAACACACACACGUCAUGAGGCCUUCAGAGGAAAUACACCUGGACUCUGACACGUAGUUAGAGGUAUUUGUACCUUCUACCACCUGGUGUGUGUUGUGAAAUCAAGUUUAAAUCGGGGGUGUAUCGUACUCGACACUGGUGACUGGUUUUGUCUCACAAUUAAUUAAACUAAUGAAAUAAAUAAAAUAUGACCUCCAGUA